AUGAAAAUUAAAAAGCAACAUAGGAAGAAGAAAUAUCUUCACAAGUUAAACCGUAAACGAAUGCACAUAAGACAAAAAAGGACAGGAACAGUAACAUGUAAAGCUUUGAAGGAAGCAUGGAAUAACAAAAAGUCGACAUUUAAGAAUCUACAGGAUAUGGGAUUAGCAAAUGAUCCCAAUAAGGUUAUUAAAAUUCCAAGUUAUAAGGAGGAAAAGUUAAAAAUAGCUAAACAAAUAGUAAAUCCUGAUGACACAGACACAAAGGAACCGCGUGUAACUAAAAAAAAGUCUAGGAAAAAGGUUGUUGCAAAAAAAUUGGAAGAGGAAGCAAAGGCACCUCGAGAAAGAAGAUUUAAGCUCCCUAAAGGACAAGUAGAAUUUAUAACAUACUUAUUAGAUAAAUAUGGCCACGAUUACAAGGCUAUGGUAAGAGACAAAAAGAACUAUUAUCAAGAAACCUGGAAACAAUUAAGAGCCAAAAUCAAAACUUUUAUGGGAAUUCCACAACAAUAUGGAGAAUAUUUGAAGGAGCGAGGAUUGUUAGACAAAGAAGAAAAUGAAGAGGAAUUAAGACAGCAAGCUAAAGCUUUAAUAAUGGAUGAUAGUGAUUAA